AUCUGGAUGGCGGUGAGGAGCAGGCAUCUGUAAGGCGAUUUUUCGUUUUUUCUCCCCCUGGUUAAACAUGGAGCGAUUUGUUUCAAAUGUGAAACGCUUCACAGAGAACCUGCUGAAUAAACAGCAGACAAGUUAUGAUGAGACGAUAGAGCAGCUUUUUUCUGAAAUUUCUGGCCUAGAGGAUUCCCAUCAAAUCCUGGAUCCACAGCUUGAGGAGUGUGCCAUCCAGCUGUGGAACUGGGCAGUUACUAAACAUGUGGGCACAUCCAUUAACAAAAAUCAAAAAGCAAAAGUGCGUCAUGUGGCAUGCAGUCUGCUGUACUGCUGUGAGCCUGAGAGUCCAGCAGAGGGCAUCCUCCGCAAGCAGAUCUUGAUGGCCAGCAAGACAGGAAGAACUUGGCUGGACUGUAUGAAACCCCAGAUAGCAGAUAACUUCUUUAGACUAGCUGUCCAGAGCCUGGAAACCCUCUAUAGCCGACUGACAUCCAGAGGUGAUGGAACAUUUGACAUCAACACAUGCAAAGGUGAUGUUGAGAAAGAUCUGCUUCGAAUCAUCUCAUACCAGGCAGAAUCGGCAAUAAGCCAGGGGAAUAACCAUGAUGCUGUGGCCUUGAUGCAGCGCUGUAAAGACAUGCUGCUGCGGCUGCCCAAAGAGACUGGAUAUCUCUCCCUUUUGUGCUAUAACUUUGGAGUAGAUGCUUACAAUUUGAGAAAGUUUGAGGACAGUUCGUUUUGGUUGAGCCAAAGCUACGACAUUGGGAAGAUAAAUGUGAAAUACUCCCCUGGAACUGAGGUCCAGGCUAAGGUCUUAAGGCUCCUUGCAACUGUUUAUUUAAAGUGGGACUGUCAGCGGUUUCAGGAGAAGGCUCUCAAUGCUGUAAGCUUAGCCAACAAGGAAUGUGUGAGUUCCUCUGGGCUAUAUCUAAAGAUCAGAAUACUGGUGAGAUGCGGGGCCUCAGAUGACCUUAUCAGAGAAGGACUUAAUGAGAUGCUGAAAUCUGAUGUUCCUCUUGAGGUGUUUCUGAGCUCAGUGAAGCUCCUCAUGUCUGAGGACAGAGAGAUGGAUGCAUUUGACUAUUUGAAAUGUGUAUGUCAGCGUUUUGAGUCAUCCCCUGAGCUGGGAACUGCUCUUGUCCUGCACAUUGAGCUACUGUUGCAGAGAGGCAAAGAGCUGCUGGGGAAACAGAAAAUAGAAGAUAUCAUCACUGGUCAUUAUACAGGUAAACAGCUGACUCCCCAGGCACUUACAAGUCUACAUCUCAUGCUGUGGGACAAAGCCUCCAAACACUUUGAGGCUAAGAACUACUCAGAGGCUCUGCAGUGGUAUAACUACUCUCUGAGUUUCUACAAGGCAGGUCAGAUGGAGCCCAACCUGGCCAAACUGCAGAGGAACAGAGCUUCCUGUCUCCUGCAGUUACAGCAGCUGGAAAAGGCCAAAGAAGCAAUUAAAGAGGCAGAGCGAUGUGAUCCUGACAGCAUUUUUACUCAGUUCAGUGUUUACAAGAUUGCGGUGCUGGAGAACAAUGUAGAGAAAGCCGCAGAGGCUGUGAAUACAAUGGGACUUCUGGCCAAGAAGAGUCCUGUGAGCAAUGAGGACAAACUGCUUGUAUCUGAGAAUGCUGCUUCCAAUCUCCUCAGUCUGGCGGCACAGAUUGCUUUGGAGAAUGGACAGCAGGAUGCAGCCAUGAAGGCACUGGAGAGUUUGUGUGAAAACUCGAAAGAUGAAGCUCAGGUUGUGACUGCUCUCAGGUGUUUGGUUCGACUUGUGCUCUCCGCAAUAGACAAAGCCAGUGAUGAUAUGAGGAAUGCAAAUCUGGAUGUCCUGCUGUCAUAUCUAAAAAUAGCUCUACAGAAAGUUUCAUAUCGCAGCCCUGAGCCUUGCAUGGCUGUUGAGCAACGGGCAGAGGAGGCUAACUGGUUCAGGAAGAUUGCCUGGAACUCUGCUCUGCAGUGCGAGAGCAGCCCUGACAGAAUGAGGGAUUUCUUUGUGCUCUCUUACAAGUUCUCCCAGCUGUGUCCACCCGAUCGCACAGUGCUUAUGUGCCAGAAGACGUGCCUACUUAUGGCUGCCGCUGCUUCUUUGGAAGUGUGCAGGAAAUCGCCUGGCUCUUCCCAGACCGAGGAGCUCACUCAGGCACUGGAGCACAUUCAGAUCUGUUGGGAGGUCUGGAAGACUCUGAAAGCUUCAGGAAGCUUCCCUAUGGACCCAACUGACACAUUGCUGCUCUUGUAUGAAUUUGAGGCUCGUGCCAAGCUGAAUGACAGCAAGGUUGAGACAGUACUGGAGUCUGUCCUUGAGCUUGAAAAUGUUGAAGUCAAAGUACUAGAGACCAUUGCAGCUUUAGCCAUGGAGCCUCCUGCCCACUUCCCUGUGCUGUGUAAGAAGGCCUUAAGGAUUGUUCUGUCUCUGCACAAGAAACAACCACAGGCUGACCUGAGCCGUUGCAGCCAGUAUGUCCACAGCCUGAUCCAGCUGUCCCUCCCCAGCGGUGUGUCGGAGGUGGAGGCCCGUGUGCUCGAGGAAGUCUGGGGCUACUACGAGGAGGCCCUGUCCAUCAUUGCAGCCGCACCGGAUGACUUCCCAGAGAUGGAGACACUGUGGUUGCUGACUCGAGCCUGGAAUACAGGCAUCUUGCUGUACAGCUUGGCCCAGUACCCUGAGGCGGAAAAGUGGUGUGGCCUGGGCAUGAGCUUCCUCCGCCACCUGGGCUCCCUGCAGGAGAGCUACCAGACACAGAUGUCUGGCCUCUACAGUGAAGUCCUGGACAGGUUGAACAGAGCCAAGAGGAACCAAAUCAUGGAGGAAUAACCAAAGUAGGGGAGGACAGCUUUUAGAUGGUGUUAAAUGUUAACAGUGAACUUAAAUUUACUCAGUUCCUUUAGGCUGUUACAGUUGGAUGUUGUCAUUCAUAUUUUGGUUAAAUGUUAAUGACACAUGUAAUCAUUUUCUAAAACCACCAAGUUAGUUAAGGUGGAAUAACAAGCAAAUCAAAAUCAUAACCGAGUCACAUAUUUUAUUAUUUUCAAACAAAUAAACUCUUGUCAAGUCCCAAAAUAAAACCCAAACCAAAGUUGCAGGAGUGUGUUCCCUCAUGACUAGGACAGGGAAGACCAUGUGGUCAAGUGUCCUG